AUGACGCGACCACCCAGUAAUUCUCGAAAGACUCCGAAACUGGAUGCAACAGCAGAGGUUUAUUCGGGAGGAACAGAGUCAGUGAGCUUUGAGGAUGUAGCUGUGAAGUUCACGCAGGAGGAGUGGGCUGUGCUGGACCCAUCCCAGAGGACACUGUACAAAGAUGUGAUGCAGGAAACCCUGAGGAACCUGGCCUCUCUAGGAAAUAAGUUGGGUAACCAGAAGGUUGAAAAUGAGUAUGAAAAACUGUGGAGAAAACUAAGGUAA